CUUAACUGCAAGACUACUUUAUUAAUGGACCAACACCAACUUAUUGAAUAUUCAUCACUCAUGUUAACUUCAAAUAACCUGAAAAAACCAGCUGGCAGGAAGAAGUUUCGCGAAACUCGACAUCCGAUAUACAGGGGAAUCAGCAUGAGGAAUUCGGGAAAAUGGGUGGCUAGAGCUCAUGAUGUGGCUGCUAUAGCAUUAAGGGGUCGUACUGCUUGCUUAAAUUUCGCUGACUCUAUUUGGAGGUUGCCUAUCCCGGCUUCCUCAGACACCAAAGAUAUUCAAAGGGCAGCCGCUGAGGUUGCCCAUGCCUUCCGACCAUUGGUAGAGUCUGAAGGAGUUUUAGGAGAAUUUGCUAGCAGUACUACUCCUGAAAUGCGAGAAAAUGCGUUCUUCAUGGAUGAGGAAGAGCUGUUCUACAUGGCGGGAUUACUUACAAAUAUGGCGGAAGGACUAAUGCUACCUCCACCUGAAUGUUCAGAAAUCGGAGAUCAUUAUGUGGAAGCUGAUGAUAGUUGCAUGAGUGACAUGUCUUUAUGGAGUUAUUCUUUAUAAAUAAUUAUUACUACUUUGACAGUUUAUAUGCAAUGGAAAUGCUCCCUCAAAGUGAGAAUGUUUAGGAGAUAUUCCUAGCGUUAUUUCGUACUCAAUAUUUGGAUGGUACGGAUGUUAACAUGUAUUGUAAUUUUGUCAUGACAAUUAAUAAUAUUUAGAAAUUACAACUUCUUUUGUGUCUAAAUUUUAAUGUUUCGAUCUAAUGUAAGCAUGCUGAAGCGAAAACUAUUGGG